CAUUGAGAGACUGCCCUGAUGGUUUUGAUGAGGAGUCCUGCAUUACUAAAUGUCCAAACCGAGGUGAGUUCCGCUGUAAGGACGGGAGGAAAUGUAUUAAGAGGAGUCUGGUUUGUGAUGGACGCGCUCAUUGCCAUGAUGGCUCAGAUGAGAUUGGCUGUCCAACGAUCGCUGCUCCAACAUCCCAAACUGCGCCCCUGAAGUGCCGUAUGGGUUCUAGACUGUGCAAGGAUGGGAGAGAGUGUGUCCUGCACAGCCAUGUUUGUGAUGGAGAGGUGGACUGUAAGGAUGGAUCAGAUGAACAGGAAUGUGGAGAAUCUCCAGUUCCACUUACUACAGCUUAUUUGGCUCCAACUACAACCGUUCCAGAUAUUCUUCCUGCUCAGCCAGUCUGUACCAGUCCAUCAGUGAGGUGUCGGGGCUCAACUUUGUGCAUCUCCCAAACUCAGCUGUGUGACACAUUGAGAGACUGCCCUGAUGGUUUUGAUGAGGAGUCCUGCAUUACUAAAUGUCCAAACCGAGGUGAGUUCCGCUGUAAGGACGGGAGGAAAUGUAUUAAGAGGAGUCUGGUUUGUGAUGGACGCGCUCAUUGCCAUGAUGGCUCAGAUGAGAUUGGCUGUCCAACGAUCGCUGCUCCAACAUCCCAAACUGCGCCCCUGAAGUGCCGUAUGGGUUCUAGACUGUGCAAGGAUGGGAGAGAGUGUGUCCUGCACAGCCAUGUUUGUGAUGGAGAGGUGGACUGUAAGGAUGGAUCAGAUGAACAGGAAUGUGGAGAAUCUCCAGUUCCACUUACUACAGCUUAUUUGGCUCCAACUACAACCGUUCCAGAUAUUCUUCCUGCUCAGCCAGUCUGUACCAGUCCAUCAGUGAGGUGUCGGGGCUCAACUUUGUGCAUCUCCCAAACUCAGCUGUGUGACACAUUGAGAGACUGCCCUGAUGGUUUUGAUGAGGAGUCCUGCAUUACUAAAUGUCCAAACCGAGGUGAGUUCCGCUGUAAGGACGGGAGGAAAUGUAUUAAGAGGAGUCUGGUUUGUGAUGGACGCGCUCAUUGCCAUGAUGGCUCAGAUGAGAUUGGCUGUCCAACGAUCGCUGCUCCAACAUCCCAAACUGCGCCCCUGAAGUGCCGUAUGGGUUCUAGACUGUGCAAGGAUGGGAGAGAGUGUGUCCUGCACAGCCAUGUUUGUGAUGGAGAGGUGGACUGUAAGGAUGGAUCAGAUGAACAGGACUGUGAGCUCUUCUGCAAAGCAGGUCAGUUCCAGUGUGCUCAUGGGAAGAAGUGUAUCGACCAGCAGCAGAUGUGUGAUGGAAAGGCACAGUGCCAGGACCGUUCUGAUGAAAUGGACUGCUUCAAGGCCACCAAGAGCUGCAGUCAUCGCUGUGACAACAAUAGCCGCUGUAUCCCAGAAACCUUCCUCUGUGAUGGAGAGAGAGACUGUGCGGACGGCUCUGAUGAGGAAGGCUGUGAUUUUGACAAGGUACUUCCUCCUGUCCUGCCAACUCUGGCUCAGACCUGUACCAGUCCAUCAGUGAGGUGUCGGGGCUCAACUUUGUGCAUCUCACAAACUCAGCUGUGUGACACAUUGAGAGACUGUCCUGAUGGUUUUGAUGAAGAGUCCUGCAUUACUAAAUGUCCAAACAGAGGUGAGUUCCGCUGUAAGGACAGGAGGAAAUGUAUUGAGAGGAGUCUGGUUUGUGAUGGACGCGCUCAUUGCCAUGAUGGCUCAGAUGAGAUUGGCUGUCCAACGAUCGCUGCGCCAACAUCCCAAACUGCGCCCCUGAAAUGCCGUAUGGGUUCUAGACUGUGCAAGGAUGGGAGAGGGUGUGUCCUGCACAGCCAUGUUUGUGAUGGAGAGGUGGACUGUAAGGAUGGAUCAGAUGAACAGGACUGUGAGCUCCUCUGCAAAGCAGGUCAGUUCCAGUGUGCUCAUGGGAAGAAGUGUAUCGACCAGCAGCAGAUGUGUGAUGGAAAGGCACAGUGCCAGGACCGUUCUGAUGAAAUGGACUGCUUCAAGGCCAUCAAGAGCUGCAGUCAUCGCUGUGACAACAAUAGCCGCUGUAUCCCAGAAACCUUCCUCUGUGAUGGAGAGAGAGACUGUUCAGAUGGCUCUGAUGAGGAAGACUGUGUGGCAAAGCUUUGUGGCCAGCACCAGUUUCAUUGCAGUAAUGGUCAGUGUGUGUCUGAGGCUCUCCGUUGUGACAGCCAUGCUGACUGCGGAGACCAUUCUGACGAGGUGGGCUGUGCCAAACCCCCCCACUGUCCCCCGGAGCGCCGCUGCCCAAACAGCCAUGAAUGUCUUGUGGAGGAAUGGCUGUGUGAUGGGGAACAGGACUGCCUGGACGGUUCAGACGAGAUGAACUGUAAGGUGUCUCCAGUGACGUGUGGGGAGUUCCAGUGGAGCUGUGUCUCUAAGACCCAGUGUAUCCCUGCAACCUGGAGGUGUGAUGGACAGAAGGACUGUGAGGACUACAGUGACGAGGCCGGAUGUGACCAGUUGAAGUGCUCCAACCAGCUUUACCAGUGUGGUAGUGGAGAGUGUGUGGACCAUUCCCUGCUGUGUGACCACAUCAUCAACUGUCCUGAUGGAUCUGAUGAGGGGCACGGUUGUUCCACCAAUAACUGCUCCAGCCCUGGGACCCCCCAAUGUGACCAGCACUGUGUCAGCACCCCUUACGGACCGAGGUGCAUCUGUGCUGCAGGCUUCCGGCUCCAGGCUAAUGGUUUGUCCUGUGUGGAUGUUGACGAGUGUAAUGAGGUCCUACCACCUGUCUGCAGCCACACCUGCCUUAACACCCGCAGCUCCUUCCUGUGUCGCUGUUACCAUGGAUAUCUGCUGGAACCAAAUGGUCACAGCUGCAAGACCCAAGAUGAGGCUCACCUGCUGGCGUCUGUGCAGAAUGAGCUGCUGGUGUUGGGGUUGCAUAGCUCCAGCCUUUCAUUGCUCUCCACUAGUCAGACACCUGUGUUCUGUGUGGAUUAUGACUGGAGAGACCAGAGGGUAUACUGGGUCAGUCUGGAGGAGGAGAGCAUCAAGUGGACUUCCAUCAACACCAAGGACACAGGCACUCUGGUCAAAGGUGUGAAGUCUGAUUCUAUAGCUGUGGACUGGGUUGGCAGGAACCUGUACUGGCUGGAUGGGCUGGCCAGUCAGAUUCUGGCUGUGAGGCUGGGCACAUCUACAGUAAAGUCUCAGAACUACAUAGUGGUUCUGGAUGAGGAUCUGGAGCAGCCUCGCUCACUACUACUGCUGCCACACAAAGGGUUGAUGUAUUGGUCAGAGGUUGGUAGCGAUCCCCAGAUUGAGCGGUCAGGGAUGGAUGGCUCUGAGAGGAAGGUGGUGUUGACUCGUGGUCUCAGCUGGCCAGUCAGUCUCGCUGUGGACACUCUCACUGACCGAAUCUACUGGGCAGAUGAAAAACUGCAGUGCAUCGGCUCUGUAUCCCUGGAAGGACACAAUGUCAGGCUUCUGCAGCUGACUGAAAUGCCCAGUCCAUUCUCUGUAAUGGUUUUCAAUGACAUGGUCUACUGGUCUGACACCAAGAGGAGAACUAUUCAAGUAUCCCACAAGAACACGGGCAAGAACCGCAAAGUUUUACUCAAAAGACCUGGACAGCCUUUUGGCAUCAGGAUUAUGCACCCCAUCCGGCAGACCAACGUGUCCAGCCCCUGUGAGAAGCUCCAGUGUUCCCACAUCUGUCUCUUGGCUCCAGGACUGUCUACAGGCCCCAGAGCUGGGUCUACGGGACCCAAAGCUGUGUGUAGAUGUGCAGCAGCUUCCCUGGCUGGGGACGGCCUCACCUGCUCCACCCUUGUAGACCCCACCUUCCUCUUGCUCCUCUCUCCUACUGCAGUUACACAGAUAUACCUUAGCACCAUCCAUAAUGGUGUGGGGUUGAAGCGGUUGCCUGAGCACCAUAUAUGGUCUCUGCCGUGGGUGCACCAGGCCUCUGGGCUGGAUUUGGCUGUACAGGAGAGGAAUUUAUACCUGGCUGAUGCUGCCCAGGGCUCAGUCGAUCUCCUGAAACUGAGUAGCUCAGGCCUGACACCAGUCAGCAGAGUCCUGAAUCUCCAGGAUGAUACAGUGAUGGCUCUGGCUGUGGACUGGGUCACACUAAACUUGUACUGGAGCAGCAGGAAGCAGCCUGACCUACAUGUCACCACCACCAGGGGGCAGCACACUGCACCUCUACUCCAACUAGGCCUUCAGGGAACCACCUCCAUCGCCCUGCACCCCUCAGGACGCCUGUGCUUCACGGCCUUGGGCCAGUUGAAUGUGAGGAGCCUGCCGCAGGUGGACUGUGCCUUCAUGGAUGGACGUAGUCAGAAGCUGCUCUGGAGGAAGGCUGUGAUGCCAACCUCCCUUCUGUUCUCCAACAAGGGCACUCGGCUGUAUUGGGCUGACAUAGGUGCUGGAGUAAUCGACUCCAUUCUUCUGGAUGGUUCUGGAUAUAAACAGUUUAAAGCAGAUCCCGGCCUCAUGUCCUUCACACUGGCUGAGAACGUCCUCCUGUGGAGCAGCCUGGAUAAAGAUGUGACUAGAAUCUGGUUCAGUGAUGGAUUUCAGCCCAAGCAGCUGUGGUUUGAGGUCAAUACCAAUGUAGUGGCACUGAGGGUUUACAGCAAAACCAGUCAGAAAGGAACUAACAGCUGCUCAGAGCGGAACGGAGGCUGCAGUCAGCUGUGCCUGGCCUACCCAGGGGGCGUAGCUGCCGAUGUGGACGUGGUUACAAACCUGUCGACACCAAAACGUGUAGCCCCUUCCCCCCUCCAGUGUCCAGAGGGCAGCAGGGCCUGUAGCGACGGCAGCAGGUUUUAG